GGGGUACGGUGAAAGUUGCAAAUUCCAGGUACUUUCCUUAAACCUUCGAAUCAUCUCAUCCCUCUGUGUCUAUAUCAUCUAUGUCCUUGUAUCUAUUAAUCUAACCGAACUUCACAAUAAUCAUCGCUGAAAAAUCCGACAUCUGAAUCGAAAUCAUGAACAUCUUCGCUAAGAAACCCACAGCCAAAGAGGCGCUUCGAGAGAGUAAGCGAGAAAUGACCAAUGCGACCAGAGGUAUUGAGAAGGAAAUCACCACCUUGCAAUUGGAAGAAAAGAAGCUUGUUGCGGAGAUAAAGAGAACUGCUAAAACAGGAAACGAGGCAGCAACUAAAAUUUUAGCACGUCAGCUAAUCAGGCUUAGGCAACAAAUAGCAAAAUUACAAGGUAGCCGAGCUCAAAUGAGAGGUAUAGCGACGCACACACAGGCAAUGUCUGCCCAAUCAUCAGUGGCUGUUGGCAUGCAAGGAGCCAGCAAGGCAAUGGCAUCUAUGACUAAACAAAUGUCCCCAGCUAAGCAGGCGAAGGUGAUACAAGAAUUUCAGAAGCAAUCAGCACAGAUGGAUAUGGCUACUGAGAUGAUGUCCGAUGUCAUAGACGAUGCUUUAGAUAAUGACGAGGCUGAAGAGGAAACUGAAGAGCUGACAAACCAGGUCCUAGACGAAAUUGGAGUUGAUGUUGCCUCUCAGUUAUCAGCAGCACCCAAAGGAAGAAUUGCUGGGAAGACGACCGAGGAUGCUAACAGUUCUAGCAUUGAUGAGAUGGAGAAGAGGUUGGCAGCCCUUAGAAAUCCUUGAACUGAAGAUUCAAGGGCAGACCAUGUUUCAUGGCCUAAUUGAUAAUUGGAUCCUCCUUUUAAUUUGUGAAUUUGUUGAAGGUUGCACACUGCACAUAGUUUUUCCAUCGUCUGUGCUUGCAUUUUCGUUUCUCCAAAACCAUGAUAUUAAAUGGAAUUAAUUUGUGUAUUGUCCAGUGAAAGUGCAACUCUCGUGCAUUUGAUAAUGACGAUAUUACUCCUGUAUCUAGUGCUUACCUGAUGAUUUUAUUUGUUCAAGCUACCAAUAUGGGUGAAUUUAGUAAAUCUUAUGAGUCAGUUGUUGCUGAA